AUGCAUCCCUGUGUCCACCCUGGUGCCACCAGUGAGAGGCCAGCCUCACAAGGCUCACGUGCUUUACGGACUCUUCCUAGUCGGGACGCGGCCCCGCCGUCUCCACCAGCUCGGGAGAGUGAUCCCCAGAUAGCAGUCGAGACAGAGACGUGCGAUCCAAACGGAGAGCGGCCAGACAAAGCGGAUCUGGCUCUCAGUUCCACGUCCUCGCUGAUGCUGUCCAAAGCAAGGCGGUCAUCUCCCAAGAAGAUGCAAGGAUCCAUAUUCUUUACAGGCCAGCUCGAGGCUUCUGAGACCGAGGAAGAUCGUUUGUUCGGUACGACAAGCCGCGAGGAGGAGCUUUUCCAAGCUGCCGAAGCGGAGGCUGCUGCAUUGAAAGCCAGCUGGGAGAGAGGCCGGCAGCAUCGUGAUCCGCCGGAUAUGAUUGAGCGUUUGGGAGACCUUAUGGCGCUUUUGGGACCAAGGUAUCGCACAUUGCCCCGGGAAGCCGUCUGGGAAAAGGCUGUCGCAGGAAGCUCAACGGCGAUGCAAAGGCGUGAGAAGCGUCUUGGCCGUGUAGAUCUCAGAGCUGCGGCAGCUGCACUUGGAAAUCGAAGUCGAGGCCAAACCAAAGCAAGGCCUCCAAGUCCAGAACGUUUGCAGGACUACGAUCCGGACGGCAGCGCCAGGGCAGCAUGGCUGCGCGCUCGUGAUCGUGAGCAAGAGGGCAAGGCUCUGGUAUCACGGAUUAAGUCGGUUUCAACACUCCCGUCAAUGCAGCUUCCAUCGUUCGGCCUGUGA